CGCCUUGAAAGGAGGAGAAGGCCUCGACGUUUCUUGAGCGAUCUUUAACAAGAGACCCCCGGGCGGACUCGUCCCUCGCAAAAGCAUUCUUUUCACCCCAAAUCGCCCCGUAUUUUUCCGCCGGGUCGAUGCCGAACGUCGUAGACUUUCGGGCCUCCCGCAGGGCGUCGGCGGCGGCGAGACGCUCCGCCCCCCCGAUGCCCCGCUUCGACCGGAUCCCGCGACCGUCGGCCUCGAAGAUGCAGAGCGAAUCGGCCAGGCUGCUGUCGUUCUCCAAGGGGUGGCCCCGGUCGUCCCCCGUGCGGCCCGCGGACUUGGCGCGGGCCGGACUCUACCGCAUGGGCUUCAGCGACCUGGUGGCCUGCUUCCGCUGCGGCGGGAUGAUGCAUCGCUGGGAGGAGGGGGACGACCCCGCUCGGGAGCACGCCAGGCACUUCCCCGCCUGCGCUCGCGCGGCCCCGUUGCCGCCGGCCACUCAGGAUCGCGCCGACUCCGGACUGAGUCCAGAGAUGCGUUCGUUCGGGGCGCGACUCAGAUCUUUCGCGAGCUGGCCGUACACCGCCAAUGUGUCCCCGCCUGAACUGGCCUACGCAGGCUUCUACUAUUCCGGUUACGGAGAUCUUGUGAAGUGCUUCAGCUGCGACGGUCAUCUACAAGAGUGGGCGCUGGGAGACAGCGCUUGGCAUGAGCACGCAAAGUGGUUUCCCAGGUGA